UGCUAUGUCCUGGUACGUUCUCUUGCUGUGGUUGGCCGUGGCCUGGGCUGGGGCCGAGGCCUGGCUCUGGACUGCGGCAGACCCGACGUCCGCGACUUCUGCUGUGGCGGGGCUGGGAGCGGCCGAGGCUCCGGAUGGGCUAUUCGCUGCCGGCGCCGCGGCCUACGCGCGUGGAGACUGGGCAGCCGUGGUGCUGCACAUGGAGCGCGCACUGCGCUCCCGGGCCGCGCUUCGCGCCCUGCGCCUACGCUGCCGCUCGCAGUGCGCCGCCCAGCAUCCUUGGGAGCCCCAGCUGGGGCCGGGUGGGGUACCUGAGACCGAGGCCGGCCGGGCCGCUGCCGCCCUGCAGGACGUGCACUUCUUCGGGAGGCUGCUGCGACGCGCCGCAUGCCUCCGCGGUUGCCUGGGCCCGCCGGCCGCGCACACCCUCAGUGAGGAGCUGGAGCUCGAAUUUCGCAAGCGGAGCCCCUACAACUACCUGCAAGUGGCCUACUUCAAGAUUAAUAAACUGGAGAAAGCCGUAGCAGCUGCACACACCUUCUUUGUGGGGAACCCAGAACACUUAGAGAUGCGACAGAACUUGGACUAUUACCAGACAAUGUCUGGAGUCAAGGAGGAGGACUUCAAGGACCUUGAGGCCAAACCCCACAUGCAUGAGUUCCGGCUGGGUGUCCGGCUCUACUCUGAAGAACAGCCCCAUGAAGCUGUGCCUCAUUUGGAGGCAGCCCUGCAGGAGUAUUUUAUGGCAGAUGAAGAGUGCCGUGCCCUCUGUGAGGGACCCUAUGACUAUGACGGCUACAACUACCUCGAAUACAAUGCUGACCUCUUCCAGUCCAUCACAGAUCAUUAUAUCCAGGUGCUCAGUUGUAAACAGAGUUGUGUUACCGAGCUUGCCUCCCAUCCUAGCCGAGAGAAGCCCUUUGAAGAUUUCCUCCCAUCACACUAUAAUUAUCUGCAGUUUGCCUACUACAACAUUGGGAAUUAUACCCAGGCCAUCGAAUGUGCCAAGACCUACCUGCUCUUCUUUCCCAACGAUGAGGUGAUGCAGCAGAAUGUGGCCUAUUACACGGCUAUGCUGGGAGAGGAGCAGGCUCAGCUCCUGAGCCCCCGCGAGAAUGCCCGGGCCUACCGCCACCGGAGCCUGCUGGAGAAGGAGCUGCUCUUCUUCGCUUAUGACGUAUUUGGAAUUCCCUUUGUGGACCCAGACGCCUGGACCCCUGAGGAAGUGAUCCCUAAGAGGCUCCAAGAAAAGCAGAAGACAGAGCGGGAGACGGCGGUGCGCAUUUCUCAAGAGAUCGGAAACCUCAUGAAGGAGAUCGAAACCCUCGUGGAAGAGAAGACGAAGGAGGCCGUGGACGUGAGUCUGCUGGCUCGGGAAGGCGGCCCCCUGCUCUACGAAGGCAUCAGCCUGACCAUGAACUCCAGGGUGCUGAACGGCUCCCAGCGGGUGCUGCUGGACGGAGUCAUCUCGGACGACGAGUGCCGGGAGCUGCAGAGACUCACCAACGCAGCGGCAAUAGCGGGGGACGGCUACCGAGGCCACACGUCCCCCCACACCAAAAGCGAGAAGUUCUAUGGUGUCACCGUCUUCAAAGCCCUCAAGCUGGGCCAGGAGGGCAAAGUGCCCCUGCAGAGCGCCCGCCUCUACUACAACGUGACGGAGAAGGUGCGCCGCGUCAUGGAGUCCUACUUCCGGCUGGACACGCCGCUCUACUUCUCCUACUCCCACCUGGUGUGCCGCACGGCCAUUGAAGACGCUCAGGAGGACAGGACAGACAGCAGCCACCCCGUGCACGCCGACAACUGCAUCCUGAACGCCGAGGCCCUGGCCUGUGCCAAGGAGCCCCCCGCCUACACCUUCCGCGACUACAGCGCUAUCCUGUACCUCAACGGGGACUUUGAUGGUGGAAACUUUUAUUUCACUGAACUGGAUGCCAAGACGGUGACGGCCGAGGUGCAGCCGCAGUGUGGCCGGGCCGUGGGCUUCACCUCGGGGGCAGAGAACCCGCACGGCGUGAGGGCCGUCACCAGGGGGCAGCGCUGCGCCAUCGCCCUGUGGUUCACCCUGGACCCCCGGCACAGCGAGCGGGACCGGGUGCAGGCGGACGACCUGGUGAAGAUGCUCUUCAGCCCCGAAGAAGCGGAGCUGCCCAGGGAGCCGCCCGCCGAGGCCACGGCCGGGCCCAGGGACGAGCUGUGACGGUGCAGGGAAGGAGGCCGUCCUGGCCCCCCGGAGCCUCGGCGCAGGGACUGUGGGGCACGUGGGCCGCCGCCCCGUCCCUUCUGCAGAGCCGGUGAUGGACACGAGGCCCUCCUUGGUGCUACUGAAGGGCCGGCCUGCUGCUCCUCCCUCGGGGGCCUCCUCCUGGGCGCAGGCCGGGCCGUGAAGCUGCGGGGUUUGGUGCUGGCCUGGACCCCAAGGAAUAAAGGCUCUUUUCUA